AUGACGGAAAACACUUCACCCCUUCUCGCUGCAACAAUAGCGUCAGAUGACAUGAUCCCACAUGUUGUGUUAAAUACCUCUAUCGGAAGUCCACCUCAUAGUGAUUCUGGAAUACCACCAUCACUCUCUCGUCGUGGAAGUUUUGUGCCUCCAAAUAUAUAUCAUCGUCAUCAAAGAAAUACAGAUGAUACAAUUGUUCCUUUUUACCGACGUCCGCAGUUUUAUAGCUCAAUACUACGAACCUUUGCCUUUAAUUUCUUUUUUCCUUUUAUAAAUGGAGUCAUGCUAGGUUUUGGAGAAAUCUGUGCUAAUGAACUUGCAUUCAGAAUGGGCUGGUUUGGGGUUAGGAGUUUACCGUUACAUUACCAGAGGACCGCUUCUACUCGAAAUCGUGAGACUAAUAGUUCAGGAAAAUUUAAGAAUGCUAAUGGACGUAAAACAGAGAUGGAUGAAGAAGAUGAGAAGAUAGUGGUUGAAAUGGCACCAAUUAGUUAA